UUCAUCCUUCCUUUUUCUUCAAACUGAUCUUGAAGCUUCAACAAUGGCGUCCUCGUUUACAAUCAAAUCAUGGGUUUUUGCAGUAACCAUCGUAUGCCUGUCUAUUUUCGCGUUCCAAUUAGGUAAAGCCGAUGAAUAUGAAGAUUUGCCUGAAACAGGCAGAGGCAGUGUAGUUGGUGAUCAUGAUCCAGCUCAAAUUGUGGCCAAGGCAUUGCUAUGUUUCAAUGACAAACAUAUUUAUAGCAGCUGUGAAGAAUCUUACAGAUUGACAGCAAGUGGAAAUAUAGACGUUCCACUUGGGUUCACCGAUGAAUACUGCAGUGGACCUUGCCUUUCGGAGACACACCUUGUUCUCAACUGUUUAGAGAACAUAAUGAAACACUUUUUGUUCUAUAACAAGGCAACGAUUGGGGAUAUCAGAGACACCAUCCAAGCAGGCUGUGGCUAUGGUCCUGAAAGAGGUCAUUUCGACGUUGAGGAGCACCUUGAAGCUGAGGAGAACAGUUCAAGCAGGGCAGCUAAGAGCAUUUUGUUUGGGAUGGGGUGGAUGAUUCUAGGGCUCACCCCAUUGCUUUGACUUCAUUCUCUAUGUGGAAUUACUCUGUUUCAAAGUGACACAAUAACAGUAGUUUUGGUCAGCUUCAUCGUCAUGCAUAUGUUUGUUUUCUGUUCUCACUCCGAGAUACAAUAUUGUUGUAAGUCGUUUGUUUUUCUUCUUCUUUUUAUCAUUUUAUCCAGAUGUGGUUGACCGGAAUCUAGAGACAGAGUACUGUUGAGUGGACAAAAAUACCGGUCUAAUUAUGGGUUUACUCCCUAUAAUACGUUGAAAUUUAGAAUUUAGUCUCUCCGUUGUAAUUUGGCGAAGUUUGAU